AUGGCGGCGAUGCCCAUCAUCCACUCGUGGCCGACGGUUCCAAUGGGCUUGACUCCGAACUCUUUGGCGAACAUCACGUUGGACGUGCCCAGGAAGCCUGUUCCGUUUGCAGACUGUUUGGCCGCCUCGCACAGACCUUGCAUCACGAGCCGCUGUGUGGCCAACGAGCGUCUUCGUCUCGUGCCAAACUCGCUGAAAACACAGCCGUUUUCGAGCAGCCGCAGGCCCUUUUGCUUAGCUUUUUCCAGCUGGCCGUCGUUCGACCAUUCCGUGUCCACAAACCGGAAAUACGCCUCGGAAACUAGCGACAGCAACGGGAUCUCGUACAACGUCACCUCUGCCCACUUGCCCGAGACCUCCAGGCCAAACUGGGCCGGGUUGUCGAGAUUCGUGAUCUUGACCUGUUCCGCCGGCCGCAGCUGGAAAUCCUGGAUGUAUUCGAAGUACUUGGCCGGCAUGUACGGCAAUUGCGUGCGCAGAUACUCUAUCUCGUCCGCGGAGAACCUGAGCGUGCCCAAAUGCGAAAUCUGCGCCGACAGCCAUUCGACAGCAGCCGUGUUCAGCUCCAUCGAUGGCGUCCUGUUCGUGUACGUGAACACGGCUUCGGCGUUGGGCAGGUUUGUAUAG